AUGGGCAUGGAGAUAAGACGCAGAAACACCGAGGGGGAUGUGUUCUGCAUCCGAAAGAGACAGAUGCGAGUCAGCGACAAGGGUACGGCAGCUCUCGCACAAACCCACGAUCUUGGAUCUCAAGCCAACAAGGCCAAGAAGCCGACCAUCCAGUCAAAUGUUGAAGACAUCCCGAAAGGGAUUGGUUUCCAGCUUUGCAUGCAUUUUCAUGACGACGUUGCAGUCAAUGUCUACCCUACCAAAGGCUACCUGCCUACCAACCUGUUGCGGAUCAAGUCCCAAUUGCCUAGUCGGGCUAAAAGCCGGCCUUCAGGAACUGGAAACUGUCAGCUAGAGGUGGGAGGCUGUGAAAAUGGUCAUGACCGAGCGGCCUAUCAGCGUUGA